AUGGGCUCCUCCAGUUCCAAAGUCGCAGGCAGAGCCGCCGGGGCAGCUCGCCGUCAAUAUCCAUCCACGUCUUCCAUCACGAACACCGGCCCUUCGACGUCCAAUGCACCUCUGAAAUCCACGAACCCAGCCCCGGCCCCGGCCCCGGCCCCGGCCCAGGUCCAGGUCCGUCCCAGUCCAGCAGCCUCGCCUCCUGCGGCAGAGAGGUCUGAACAGAUCGAUCUCGACGGACGAGAUCCUCAAUUCGACUCCGUCCUGCGCAGCUUAGGCCCCGCGAAACCGGCGUCAACCUCGGAGGACCGACCAGUCGAAGAUGCGUUUCCCACCUCCAGCCAGCCCAUGCAGCAGGGCCGCAAUAUUUUCCCCACCUCGGCCCAGAACCCUGCCAUUAUGCUCGUCCAGGCACGCGAGAGGAUCAACAGACGCUGGGAAUCCGAAUUGGACAACCAAGGAAGACGCGGCUUUGCGGGUAGAACGGUCGUGAGUGCAAAGGAUGUGAAAGAGGCUUUGGCUCUGCGAGACGAGGCGGGAAAGUCUUCCAGCGAGAUCGAAACCCAAUUAAGCUUGAAGCCGGGCAUCUUGGAUCAGUUGGUUCCUCGACGAGUGGUUGCAAAUGCUUGA